CAUUCCAGUCAAGAGGAGGCGGAGCUCGUCCAGCAGAUAGGCGCCAACAUCAAGGAGCGGCAGAAUGUCUUCUUCGACAUGGAGGCCUACCUGCCCAAGAAGAAUGGGGUUUCUCUGUGUAGCUGUGGAGCCUCUCCUGGAUCUCAUUCUGUAAACUAGGCUGGCCUGGAACUCAGAGAUCCUCCUGCCUCUGCCUCCCGAGUGCUGGGAUUAAAGGCGUGCACCACCACCGCCCGGCACCAGAUGAGUAUUAAUAUGGUGGCCCCGGGACAUUGUGACCCAUAUCUCAGUUUUCCUUUCUUGCUGUAUUUGGAUUAAAAACUCCCCACGUUAGUUGGCCAUCUUGUUAACAGCACCCUCCCUCCAUCAUUCAUGACCUCCCUCCAUCAUUCAUGACCUCCCUCCAUCAUGCAUGACCUCUAGGACUGUGUUGCUCAGACUCACUUCCUCACCUGUGUGGGCAUUUUGCCUCAGGUGAAUCCUGUGUCACACGGGGUAGACAACUCAGAGUUGCUUAAGAAGAAAGGAGGGGUUUAUAGCUCAGAAAAAAUACAGAUAUAGCUUAGGUAUGAAUGGGUCCUGCCAUUAAAUGCUGGUAGAACUUGCUUCUCAUUUAACUUUUUUUUUCUUACUGUCUUUUCCUAUAUGUAUGUCUAUUUUAUUCAUAGGCAGCCUUUUUCUGUAAACUACUCCCCAGCCAGGCCAGGCUUGCUCCUAACUGCCUAGCCUUUCUAAUAGAAAAAAUCUGGCUCCUCAGUGGUCUCGGGGAUUUAAAAUCCUAGGGUGGGUUUUUAUUGGGUUAUUGUGUUCCGUGAGAUUUCUUACCCCUAUCAGGAGGAGGAGGUACUGCUUUUAUCAGCUUUUGGGCCAUGGUGGAGCCUCUUCUCCGAAGGGAUUACAUUACUCUUGCAGGAUCUAGGGACUGAGUGCUAGGUAAGGAAUCCAGAUGUCCCCUCAAUACUUCACAUCUCCUUCAGACUAGCAGUGCUCCGAAAAGCCGCUCCAAGCUGGAACGAAGGCCCCCUCACCCCCCAUUCCUCCUCUCCAGCUUCUCAGUCUUCUAAGCUCAGUUCAAAUGCCACUGCCUCAGUGAGGUCUUUCCAAAGCCCCGUCACUGAUAGGAAUUUACCUUUUCUCCCUCAGGGUCUCAAGGAGCCUUGGUGUGCACCUUUGUUAGUGUGUUAGAGCACAGGCUGGUGAACAGAGAGAGGCGUAGCCAUGCCAUGGUUCACAUAAGAGAGCUUCUCCUGGGGCUAGAGCCAUGGCUCAGGUGGUUAAGAGCACUUGUUACUCUUGCAGAGGACCUGGGUUCAAUUCCCGGCACCCACAUGGUGGUUGGCAACUGCCUGUAACUGUAGUUCCAGGGGCCUGAUGGCCUCUUCUGCGCACUGAAGGCACUACACACAUGUGGUAUGCAGGUGUACAUGGGAACAAAACACCCAUCUACAUAUGAGAGAGAGAGCGAGAGAGAGAGAGAGAGCGCACCUGAGCAUGAGAGUUCACUUCUCUCUGUCAUGAAGAAUCAGAGGCUCUACUUGAAUCUGGUUCUUGGCAAUGUGAAUGUGACUCUCCUCAGCAACCAGGCCAAGUUUGCGUACAAGGACGAGUAUGAGAAGUUUAAGCUCUACCUGACCAUAAUCCUGCUUCUGGGUGCUGUGGCGUGUCGCUUUGUCCUUCACUACAGGGUGACAGAUGAAGUCUUCAACUUCUUGCUCGUGUGGUACUACUGCACCCUGACCAUUCGGGAGAGUAUUCUCAUCAGCAAUGGCUCCAGGAUCAAAGGCUGGUGGGUGUCCCACCAUUACGUCUCCACGUUCCUGUCUGGAGUGAUGCUGACGUGGCCUAAUGGACUCAUUUAUCAGAAGUUUCGAAAUCAGUUUUUAGCCUUCUCCAUUUUUCAGAGCUGUGUUCAGUUCCUACAGUACUACUACCAGAGGGGCUGCCUCUACAGAUUGCGAGCCCUGGGGGAGAGGAACCACCUGGACCUCACGGUGGAAGGGUUCCAGUCUUGGAUGUGGCGGGGCCUCACCUUCCUCCUGCCUUUCCUUUUCUGUGGCCAUUUCUGGCAACUCUACAAUGCCGUCACAUUGUUUGAGCUCUCCAGCCAGGAGGAAUGCAAAGAAUGGCAGGUAUUUGUGCUGGCACUCACCUUCCUCAUCCUCUUCCUUGGCAAUUUCCUGACCACACUCAAAGUCGUGCACACCAAACUCCAGAAGAACAGAAACAAGACAAAGCAGCCAUGAGCCUCCGGACUCUUGGGCCUGGGGGUCUUGGGACUUAAGGAGACUGCUGGAGAUGGCAGUCAGCAGCCUAGCUGCCGGGCACUGGCAGCAGCAUCUCAGGGGCCAGCAGCAGCACUGGGAACAGGACCAAGGCCCUGGUCCCUGGCCAGACAUGAGGAAUGUGAGGGCCGCCUGCGCGCACAGUAUUGACCUGCCCCGGCGCCCUAUUUAUAACGUAUUUAACGCCAGGUCUUCCCCCACGUCCCUGGAAUCUGCGGCCCUCCCUGCAGCUCUGGGUAAUGGCAGCGGCCAUACCUGUGUCUGUCUUCCAGGGAGGGGCGAAAAGCCUCAGGGAAACCCCUCUUCCUGCUCCUUUCAUUUGAACCCCUCCCUGGGGUUUAGAUGUGCCUCCCAGGGGUUGGCUUUAGCUGACCUGCUAUUUACUGUGGCCCAGGCACCGGGUGGAAUGAAACUUUAAGCAUCUUGUGGAGUCCCCUCUCCCCUGGGCCACCAUCUCUUGUAAGCCCCCCACCCCAUAUCCCCCACCCUCUGUGAUGAGGGAGUAUUUAAGUUCUCAGAGAACCUGCC